AAAGUAUUGUGUAAUAAUUCAAUAACAUUACUAUUAUUAUUCAUACAAUAUCUUUUAUACAUAUAUUUUAAGAUUUUGUUAAGAUUCUAUAAAUUAUUAAUGAUACCGCGCUUAUUGCGUUCUUCAAAAAAAUUUUAAUACUACUUUUAAAUCAAAUAGUUAUUUUUUUUUAAUAGUUUUAAAUUUUUAAAAAAUGAAAAAAAAAUAGAUAAUUGACAAAAAAUAUAUACUAUAAAAUGCUAUUUCUAUUGUUUAUAUUUUAUAUUUUACUGAAUAGUUUAAUUGUUUUUUUAUAUCAAAUGUUUUUUAUAUGUUCAAAUCUUGUAAAAAUGUAUAAUAGUUUCUUUUUUCAAUUUACUUAAUUCAUUUUUAUUAAUACAUAUUUGAUUAUUUAUUUUGUAUAUAAAAUUAUAAAAUUAUAAAAUUAUAAAUUAUAAAAUUGUAAUUUUGUUUAUAAAGUUAUUCAAAUUUUCUUUAUAUUAAAAUAUUUAUAUAUGAUUUAUUUAAAUCAACGUAAAUAUUUUAUUUUAAAUACAAGCAUAAUAACUUCACAAAAUUUAUGUGAUUAUUCUUUUAUUAUUUCUAUGUUUAUAAUAUUUAUAAAUAUUAUUUUUAUUUAUAACAAUAAUAUUUCCGUAUUAUAAACAUAAUUAAUCAAAAAAAUCAUAUAUUUAGAUUAAUUUCUUUAAAAAAAUAUUUUACAUUCCGUCUUUCAAUUUAUCGUAAUGCAGUGUAGCUUUAGAAAUGCAAUGUUGUCAAAUUUAACAUCACAAUUCGUAUUUAAUGAUUAUGGUUAGGUUAGUAUACAAAUAGUAUAGUGAUUAUCGAUAUAUCGAUAUUUGUUCUAUCGUAACAUAUCUGUUUACCAUACUUACAAUGACUUCAAAUCAUGGCAACUAUGGACAAAGAGAAUUAUAUAUUAUUAGCAUCAUUCGUUGAUGUGGUUUUGUUUCUUAUCUACAUUGUAACGUAACCAUAUGUUUAUUAUUGAAAUUCGAUUUCGAGUAACGAAAUCUAACCAUACACACAAAGUACUUUUUUUUCUUUGAUAUAUUUCAAUCAACGUGUUCAUUAUGAUAAUCGAUAGAAGUUUUUUAAAUGUGAUAAUAUUGAGUUGUGGUUUUAUGCUGGUAUUUACAGCAUUUCAAACAAUGGGAAAUAUUGAGAAAACCGUGCUGCAAAGUAUUAAAGAAGAUAAUCCAAAUUUCACCGGCGAGGCCUACACUAGUUUAGCGAUAAUCUAUGCUGUCUUUGCCACUUGCAACUGGUUAGCACCAUCAUACAUCUCCAUAACAGGACCAAGAGUUGCUAUAUUGACAGGGGCUUGCUGCUAUGUCUUAUUCAUAGGAUCUUUCCUCUGGCCGCAAGACGCUGUACUCUAUAGCGCAUCGUGUAUCCUAGGUUUUGGAGCUGCAUUGAUUUGGACCGGACAUGGCCAAUAUUUAACCGAAAAUAGUGAUUCGGAAACGAUGUCCAGAAAUGCUGGAAUAUUUUGGGCGAUUUUUCAGUGUUCAAUGUUCGCUGGUAACCUAUUUGUAUAUAUUAUGUUUACUCAUCCUAAGAUUGAUGCAUCGAUCAGAAUACUCGUAUUCAGUGUACUUACUGGAUUGGCGGCCCUUGGUAUGUGUUUAUUGAUCACAUUGAGAAAAGUUUCGAACAGUCUACUUUUGGGUGAAGCUGAAGGUGUUUCAAGUGCGGAUAAAGAACUUCGAAUACCAGAACCUGCAAGGAAUAAGCCAUUGUUAGCUGCCUGGAAUGCUUUAAUCGAUGCAUUCACUCUCUUCAUUACUCCUAAAAUGCUUUUGUUAUCAUUGACUUUUAUAUACACUGGAUUAAUAUUAACUUUUUAUUCAGGAAUCUAUUCAUCGUGUAUUGGAUUUACUAAAGCGAUUGGUGAUUCCCGUAAAAGUUUAAUCGGUCUUUCUGGAAUUUUUAUUGGAAUCGGAGAAGUAAUUGGUGGAGCUCUUUUUGGUAUUUUUGGUUCGAAAGUAUCUCGUAUUUGUGGCGUUUGGUCGGUAGUUACUAUUGGAUUUUGCGUACAUAUGUUUGCUUUUAUUACAAUUUUUAUUAAUCUACCAAAUGAUUCACCAUUCAGAGAUACUGAUAGUAUAGGAUAUAUUAAUCCUUCAUCGAUUUUAGCAAUGGCCGGAAGUCUUGCUUUAGGUUUCGGUGAUGCUUGCUUUAAUACUCAAGUUUAUUCGUUGUUAGGAUUACUUUUUGUGCAACAAAGUGCAUCUGCUUUUGCAAUUUUUAAGUUUUGCCAAUCGGUCGCUGCUGCAAUAAGUUUUGCUUAUAGCAGUAUUGUUUAUCUUCAUGUACAGCUUGUUAUUUUAAUAGUUACAAUCAUUAUUGGUACUAUUACAUUUUGUUUUGUGGAAUACAUCACAAGAAGAGAAAGAGAAAAUACACAAUCGGAGAGCGAUUUGACAAGUGAAUAAAAACUUCAAGAAAAAAUAAAAGAAGAAAUAAAAUAAGGACAAAUAUUGCUCAAGAAAAAAAUUUAUUUUAUUCUAUAUGCAAAAAAAAAAAAAAUAGAAAAA